AUGUCACUCUAUCUCACUUCAGAUAAACCUAAAGAUACUUUGCUCUCUCCAACUAAGUUGGAUGUAUGUGAGAAUAAAGCCAUUAAACUUAUUUGCACGGCUGAUGCAUAUCCUUCAGUCAAGAACUACUCGCUGUACAAUGGAAAUAUUUACCUUGGAUCAAACAGCAAUGGACAGUCUACUACAACAGCAAGAUCAUUGGGAUGGAAUAAGUUUUGUUGUGUUGCUUCGAAUGAACUUGGAAGUGGUCAUUGUGCCUUUUCUGAUGUAUACGUGCUGGGAAACAUAAACACACUGUGUAAAAUCAAUGACGAGAAUACAUCAGUUGCAGUAGUAAAGGAAGGAGAUAAAGUAGUUCUGCAGUGUAACGUAACUGGGAAUGAAUCAUACUACAUCUACCAGUGGAUCAAAGUAAAGGACAGUCUGUCUGUCAGGAAUGAUACACGGCAAUUAACAUUUGGUUCAAUAAACCGCACGGAUGAGGGUUAUUACCAGGUGACUUUGCGAGAUAAACUAAACUGCUCAUCCAAAACAAGGUCUUUUAACAUCACUGUCAACUAUAAACCUGAGAAUACAGGUAUCAAGAUUACACCUGACAAGAAGGACUUCUGUGAAGGAGAGUCGAUAAACAUCAACUGCACAUCAGACGCUAAUCCUGCCCCAGUCUACUUCUUGUAUCGUAAUAACGUGUUUAACGGUAGUAAUAGAGACGGUGUCUUUGUUGUUAAACUUGCGGAGAAUGGAAACUACACUUUUACUUGUGUACCGAACAAUAGAGUUGGUGUUGGACCAGAUAAGAGCAAAAGUGUUACAGUAAAAGGUAAAUAG